UCAAGAUAUAUUACGGGAAGAGGACAACUGGACAAGAAAGCAAGAGAAGAUCAAAUUUAUUGCCAGAAGGCCAUAGCUGUGAAGGUUGUGUGAAUUCUAUUCUGAAAGCCGAUCGAACAAUAAAAUCACUUCAGCAUGUCUUCCCAGAUCAUGCUCAAACCACUACCUUUCGUCGACCCCAAGGGCCGACCCGUUGGUGGCACCGAGUAUAGUUGGUGCCGAGCGGUGCCUGGUGGUACUGGCAUAGCCGUCCUCGCUAUUCUCCUCUCCAAACCCCCAGAUAUUGCACUUCUCCAAAAUGCCAUCUACGAGCUUCAGAAUUCCCACCCAAUUCUCAAGUCCAGAAUACAUUCCAACACCAGCACAAACACAAUCUCCUUCAUCACAUCUCCUAGUAGUACUGGUACUCCUUCCAUUCAAAUAAAAUCAUUCACUUUGUCUGCAACCUCUAGUAUUCUAAACAGCCUUUCUUGUCCUGCUAAUACUAUCUCAACCUUCCAUGCAAUCCUCGAACACGAGCUGAACCAAAACGCUUGGUAUAAUAUUCCGAAUCCUUCGUCAUGCACCACCGUCGACACGUUCUUUGCAAGCAUAUACGCUCUUCCCGACACAAAGUGUGCUGUGGUGUUCCGGGUUCACGUCUCGGCAUGUGACCGCACCACGGCGGUGUCUAUACUGAGAGAGUUGCUGGUGUUGAUGGGUGGGUCAGGAGAGGGAGAAGAGGAGGCCGGAGAGAAGGAAAUAUUGGGGAAUGAUGAGGGGAAGAUUUCGUUGGGAAUUGAGGAUCUUAUUCCUAGCGGUAAGGCUAAGAAGACUCUUUGGGCACGUGGAAUGGACAUGCUUGGUUACUCUGUCGAUUCUCUACGCCUCACAAAUCUCAAGUUCCAAGAUACGAGGUCGCCUAGAUCGUCUCAGGUAGUAAGGCUCCAAAUGAACCAAAACGAGACGCAGAGAAUCAUCGCUGGAUGCAAAUCAAGAGGGAUCAAACUAUGCGGAGCAUUGGUAGCAGCUGGAUUGAUAGCCGCAUAUAGAUCUAAACGCCGAGCCGAAGAUCAACGAAAGAAGUAUGGAGUAGUGACUCUCAAUGACUGUCGUUCCAUUCUUGACCCUGCUCUUUCCACUCAUCAUUUUGGAUUCUACCACUCUGCCAUCCUCAACACCCACGUCAUCAGGGGUGGAGAAAAGCUAUGGGAGCUGGCCCAGAAAACCUAUAUGGCAUUUGCGAACUCUAAGAAUUGCAACAAGCAUUUCUUAGACAUGGCUGACCUAAACUUCCUCAUGUGCAGGGCCAUUGAAAAGCCUGGCUUGACUGCGUCGUCUUCCUUGAGAACAUCCUUCAUGUCUGUCUUCGAGGAUCCCGUGAUUGAUCAAUCCAGCGAGUUGCGGCGAGAUGUAAUUGGAGUGGAGGACUUUAUGGGGUGUGCCUCGGUUCAUGGUAUCGGCCCAUCCAUCGCAAUCUUUGACAAGAUAACAGAUGGAGGCUUGGAUUGUGUAUGUGUGUACCCAGCGCCAUUGCAUUCAAGAGAACAAAUGCAAGAGCUGGUUGAUGCUAUGAAGGGUAUUCUCGUUGAAGGUGGAAAUUACUAUAUGGAGUGAGCGAGAGCCUAGAUGCAUGCAUCAUGACUCGCGGGUUGGGUUACUAAAUUCUGGAUAUUAUUUUAGCAAUGUGAGGGUACUUACAUAUAUUAUGUAUGUGUUUCUGCAUAAAUUGUUUAUUUCACAUUAAUAUUUAGUGCUCACUUAAAAUGAUGGGUUAAAUAUUAAAAUAAUCAUUG